AUGCACCCUCGCAAAGAAAAAAAAAAUUAUCUAGCCACACACACUAAACUGAGCAUGUGCAGCAUGACUCCACACAAUAUGUCUUAUCAGCAGAUAAGAGGGGGGCACUGGAAGAAGGGGAGGAUCAGAGAAGACAGGAUUAAACAGUCUUUUUACCCAAUGCGGAGGACUAACCCCUUAGGUUCCACAGUGAGUAUAACAUGCAUGCAUUACUGCCAAGGGUGGACUGACAACUCAUGGGGCACCUGGGCAAUAGGGGAUCAUGGGGCCCCUGUGUUCCUGCCCAAACUCAAAAAAGCCUAU